AUGCAUUGCCUGAUAUUAUGGCACAUAAACCAUUUCAAUAUUUCCCUCGCGUAUUGGAUUCCUUUGACAGGUUACCAUGCCCUGAUCAACAGCCGCACUUGGGUCCUAAAGGAGUUUGUCGGCAGGAAGAUUUCUCAGUAUGAUAUCCUAAGCUGUACCUGGGAGAGAGACGAAAUUACUUUUUCGAAACUGGCAAGCGAAUGA